GCCCGCACCAGCGCACGUGUCUCCGCAGCUCCCCACGCCAUCGAUUACAAAGUUUCGAGUGAUAUACAUGUGGAUUUUCAACUUGCAAACUUGUGUUGACGUAUGAUGUAACAAUUGUGUGAUGUCCCCCAGUAUCUGUGGGAAGCGGUGCGCGUCACCGAUGGCAGCUUCGUCGAGAUAUCCACAGCGGCUUCACUGAAGCUGCCAUAAAAAUGUGUGAACUGUUCAAACAAGAGACUAUAUUAAAGUGUUCGGACACAUCGCGAGUGUUGAGUGACGUUAACGGUUAAGAUGUUGUGCGCGUGAGUUCGACCACGACGUCGGACUACUCCGCGUGGGGGGCGCUGGCGUCCGCGGCCAGCGAUGGUAUGGACUUGGCACUCAAUGAGAGCGAUGGGGGGUGGAACGACACCGCGGCCGGGGACUCGCCGGACCUCUACAACUACUGGGCGUGGAGCAUCAUCGACGGCGCGUUGAUGGUGCUGAUCAUUAGCGGCAACACUCUCACCAUCCUAGCCGUCACGCUGAGUCGGAGACUGUCCUCCCUCGUCUCCAAUCAGUUCGUGCUCAACCUGGCCAUAUCCGACCUGAUGGUCGGUCUCACCCUGCCCUACCAUCUCGUCUUCUACUUGGACUCCGAAGUUGGCAAAGUGAAAUGGUCCUGUCUGAUGAGGUUCAUCCUGAUAAUCCUGGCGUGUCUGGCGUCAAUAUACAACAUCAUUGCAAUAGCUGUAGACAGAUACAUCGCCAUCGUGCACCCGCUCCACUACAGCCGGUACAUGACCAAGCUGGUGACGCGGCUGCUGAUGAGCGCCACGUGGUCGGUGGCCGUGUGCAUCAGCUGCAUCCCCAUGUUCUGGAAUGACUGGCACGAUGGCGUCGCUUGCGAAAUGAACAUGGUGGUGCCCAAGGCGUACACAACGAGCAUCCUGGCGCCGAUGUUCUCCCUGAUCUGGCUGGUGAUGUUCGUGCUGUACUGGCGCAUCUGGCGCGAGGCCACCUGCCACGCCAGGAGGAUGCGCGCCAACACUUGCUGCCCUGCCGGCGCCAAUGAUUGGAAGAGCAUUCAGGUGGUGCUACUAGUGUUGGGCUCUUUCUCCGUGUGCUGGAUGCCGUUCGUGGUGGUGGCGUGCGCGCAGACGCUGCCCAUCAAGCCGCUGCAAAGCCCCAUCGCGUACCGGCUCACCUCCUCGCUCGCCAUGUCUAACUCCGGCAUCAACCCGCUCAUCUACGCGUGGAAGAACGCCGGCUUCCGGGCCGCCUUCGCCAAGUUGCUGCGAUGCAAACGACCAGACACUUCGGAGUACAGAGGCUCUCCGGCGCCAGAGCGGAGGAAAGGAUCGGUCGCGCUCAGAGAGGGCUCCAUCACGCGUUCGAGCGCACCCAGCACCCUCUCCACGCUCGGCGGCAGGCCGGCCCGGUUGUUGUACGUGGAACGAGAACCGGACACGGCGAGAUGCCGCAUCAUCGAGAACGCGGGCUACGUGGAGGCGGAGCGCGGCGACUCCAACCCGUCGUACGCGCCGGACGGGCCCACGCCCGUGCACCGCCCGGCCUGCCGCCCCCCCGACCUAGUUUAGUGCUCCAGCGGACAUUCAGACGUUUUGUGGGAAACGUGAAACGCUUCUAGUAUUUAAAGUUGUUAGCGACAGUACGUACCCCUUCGCGUUUAGGUACCUGUUAAAAUCUAAGCUCAAGUUUUUAAAAGCUUUAUUGUUGAAUUUUUAUUCAGAAAUUUUAAUGAGUUUCCAGCCGUAAUGCAAAUUUUAUUACAAAAGGUUCUCUGUCAAAUAA